GGUCAAAGGUAACGAUCAACAGAGCAACAACAUGGUCGUCAAAAAGGGAGACGAGAUUUUGAUGAAAUCUAUGUUGGAGGAUGACCCCAACUCCAAUGAAUCUGUUGUCACAGAAAAACCCAGAUGGGGACCUCAGCAUGCUGGUGCCAAGGAAUUGGCUGGUCAAUAUACAAUGGGGAAAAGAAUACAAGAGACCAUAUGCCUUUUUACUGCAAUAGGACUUAUUAUAUGGAAUUUCACAAACCUAGCUAGAUAUUUCCAACCAGAAAAUUGGUACUUUAUACUUGUCUCAGCUAUUUUAGGUAUACUGACUGCAGAUUUCUUUAGUGGACUGGUCCACUGGGGAGCUGACACUUGGGGAUCAGUGGAAUUGCCUAUCUUGGGAAAGGGUUUUAUACGACCAUUCAGAGAACACCAUAUAGACCCAACCUCUAUAACUAGACAUGAUUUUAUAGAGACCAAUGGUGAUAAUUUUGCUGUUAUAGUCCCAUUUUUAGCUCAAAUGACAUACAAGUUUUGGACACUGUCACCUGAACAGAUAGCAGCCACUUAUAAUUGGGAAUGUUAUGUAUUUUUUAUUGCAGUAUUUGUUAGUUUGACUAAUCAGUUUCACAAAUGGUCUCAUACUUACUUUGGACUUCCAAAGUGGAUUACUAUGUUGCAAGACUAUCAUAUUAUCUUACCAAAGAAGCAUCAUCGGAUCCACCAUGUUUCUCCUCACGAGACAUAUUUCUGUAUAACGACAGGAUGGCUUAAUUAUCCACUAGAGAAAAUCAGGUUCUGGACUACACUAGAAAGCUUAAUAGAGAGCUCAACAGGAAACAAGCCUAGAGCAGAUGAUUUCAAAUGGGCAUCCAAAACCCAUUGAGGAAAAGAUAACUUAGAAUGAAAUUGGAUAAAAGCACAGAAUGUUUAGAAGAAAAACCUUAUGUUGAGAAAAUUUCCUGUUUUAGAAGAUUUUUCUUUGCACCUGAUGUUACAACGGGAAUUGUGCAAAAUAUUUUGAUACUAUUAAAUUGAUGUGUUGAAACAGGGAGUUUUCUUUACAGAGUGUGUAGACUUAUAUCUCAAACAUUGGGCAUUAUUACAACAUUUAACUUGAAGAUCAAAUUCAAUGCAGAAUCGAUAUGAGUAAAACAAAUUAACUUUAGGCCUUUAUUGCAAGUAGGGUUCAAAAACAUGUAAAAACAUUGUUUUUUUUACCUUUUUAAUGACUUAAAAUAUACUUUUUUUGAGAAAUCUAACUGAACAUGUUGUUCAUAUUGUAUUUUUAACUAUAAGUCACAAGAUGUUAUAUCAAAGUUAAAAAGAUGAAGAUCUUUUUGAUGCCUCUUCAGGGAUUUAUAACUUAUUUUCAAAGACCUCUUUCCAUUGGAAGACAUUCAUCAAGACAUUUAAUACUAAAUUGAUACAUUAUGGAUGCUUGAACAAAAUCAGCUUUUUAUUCAUCUUCUUGCAUGAAACUUCUACUGUUUUAAAUGUUUUACUUCUGUCUUGCAAUACAAAUUAAGAGGGUCUGGUUGGGGUUUACAGAAUAAAAAAUAAGGGGCCUCAAAAGUAAAGAAUAGAGAAAAAUAAGGUAAAAAAGUGAUGCUAAUAUAUGGAAAAUGUAGAAAAAUGGGCCAAAUGUAAAGAAUGGAAAAUAAUGGGCAGAAAUAUAAAAAAAAAGAGAAAAAUCAUCUCUAAAAAUUAAAAAAUUAAAAAUUCAGAACCCCUUACUAGACCCUCUAUUAACAGUUAUUGACCAGAACAAAUGAGAAUGAUCGUAUUCAAUGUAUGUUGUGUUGUGAAUCCUGCCAAUUGUUCAUUUCAUUGUUAUUUAGCUCUCUUGUUAUGAAGAAGUUUGUUAUUUUGUACAUCUUAUAGUUUUUAUAAUGGAUACAUGUACGUGAAUGUAAGUCUUGUAACGUUUUUAUAAUGGAUACAUGUACAUGUAUGUAAGUCUGGUAACAUUUUUUAUUAUGGAUACAUGCAUGACAUGUACAUGUAUGUAAGUCUGGUAAUGCUAUCUAUGCUUUAAGUGUAAAUCGAAGUUAAAUGUGAAACAUAAAAGUUUUAUAUUUGGAAGAUGUAUUUUAUACUUAACAUAUUAUAUAAUUUUGAUGUACAUGUAUUUAUUUGCAGUAGAGUUUUCAAAUUGGAAGUGAGGAUAUAUAUAUAAGUGCAAAAACUAAUUUAUAAUUGUGUACGAAAGUUUGCACCUGUUAAUAAUUACCCACAUUUAUUCUGAUUUUUUCUUACAAAAGGGAUUCUUCUAGUAUUUAUUGUUUGCAAAUUUGAUAUCAGGUCAUUGUUGAUACUUUGAUAUGUACUUUUUAUAAUCAGUUUCACCUAGUAAUACAACAAUUAUAGUAAAAACUGAUUUGACAUUGGACUUCAGUGUAGACACAUGUAUGUACUUUUUCUAAUCAGUUCGACCUAGUAAUAUGACCUUGUAAAAACUGAUUUGACCUUGGACUUUAGUGUAGAUAUGGGAAAAUAAAAUACUCACUCUUUUCAUGAACGAUACGUACAAUGAUGACUAGUAAUAAUUUUAAUUUGCUGUGUUCAUGUACUUUAAACUUUUAACAUGUUUAAAAAUAUAAAAAAAAAUAUAAUUUUCUCAUAGAGAUUUAAAAAAAACAAAACUUUCAAAAAGUGAUAAUAUAAAUAUUUGUGAUAUAUGACUUGCAAAAAAACGAAAUGAAACUUAAAAAGUUUGGUUUUUUUUCAUUUAGACAUUCUUAACUGUUGAGGGUUAUGGUAAAGCUGUUAUCCGGUUAAACAUAGAUCUGAGAUAAUUUUAUACCAAUGUGUUAAUUACAGUUUUCACAUUCAUUUAUUUGUUUAUGUGUAUGAAAACUCAUAUAUAUCUGUUAAAAUCACAAUUUUGAUUAGGGACAAAGAAUGAACUAAAUAAGGUCAUUUUAAUACUCUUAUAUUGUCAUUUGUAUUGAGUCAGUUGAUUGGUGCAGAUUGAAACAUUUGGUAGGAAAUGUCACAUUUUUUUUUAGAAAUACUGAAAUACUGUUUAAACAUGGAUUUUUUUCUCAUAAUUUAAAACUUCAUACAAUUUCUUAAAAUCAACAUAAAAUUUUCUGAGAGCAGACGGGGCUGAGACUGAAAAAUUAAUUUUAUCUGACCAAUAAAAGAUCAUUGCUCUUUAUGUUUUGUAAGAGUAUUUUAGGAAUUAAUGUAGAAGUAAAUGUAUGUUAGUGUGAAUAAAUUUAUUGAAUUAUUUCCGAAUCAAUUGCAAAUAUUUAAAAAAAAAUAUAUAUAAAUCAGACAUUAGUAGUAAGGCAUCUCCUUGAUUUCAAAAUUGUUUGAGGGAACUUUUUUUUUACUCCCUCCCCCCUCCCCCUAAUACCCAAAAAAACUAAGGAUAAAUUGAUUAAAUUGAUGUUGUCUCAAAGAUUUGUGUAUUCAUUGAUAUGUUAUUUUAAUUUAUGUAUGACCAAUUUUAUGUUCUCAUCUAUCUUACAUAUGAAGUUUAUUUACACAUUACACUUUAUUUUAUUGAGUUAUAUGAGCAUUAAAUAGAUCAUUUCACAAGACCAUAGAAAAUUGGUUUAGCUUUAGAAUUAUGCACAAUUUCCUUGUUGACUUAUUCUUUUUAGAAAAAUUCGUUAACUAACUAAUUCCUUAUACAUGUAUUCUGUUUGUAACAUGUGCUUUUUGGAUGCAGGGGUUGGAAAAGUAUUUCAAAGUUCCUUAGAAAUUUGCAAUUUAUAGUGUACUUGACAGUAUACUUCUCUUCAAUGUUGGUUUAGAAUACCUUUCCUUGUCAAAUGUCUUGUGAAGUGCCUAAAUUAUUUUUAUAGGAAGUACAGUGUAUGAAUGUUUUAGUAACAAUAAAAAUAAGUGUGUUUGAUCUAUAUUUGUUUAUGUGCUACAUAUUGUAAGAUAUUGUUUGCUUACUUGAAACAUGUGUUAACAUCACAGAUGAAACUGUAAAUCUAUAUGCAAAUCAAUUAAAGAAGAUCUCAACACCGUUUUUGUUGGUCCCGAACAUGCAUGUAAUAUUUUCCAGUGGACAAUAAGCAAUCAACAAUUUGUCUAUUUCUUUUGGUAAAGAUAAAAAAAAAAUAGAAGAUUAAGUGAAAAUCAUUACAGUUAUAAAUUGUUGAAUUGUUAAACUUGAUUUUGCUUAUAAAGCACUGAUGGUGUAAAAUUUGUAAAAAUCCAAACAUUUAAGUCAAACACUUUCUUGAUUAGAAAUGUUUCAACUGGUACAUAAAAUUGCUUUAUCAAAAUUUUGAUAAUAUAUCUAACAGUAUUUCAUUGGGCUAAAACUAAUUUUAUGAGUGAACAUGAAGAAAUGUAUUUUGAUGGGGAAUAUUCAGUUUAUUAUUUAUGUAAUUGUACACAGAUGCUUUAAGGAAUUGUUAAAUUUGGCAGAUUUUUGUUGUUCUAGCUAUGCUGGUUUCAAUUUGCUAUUUCAGAAACUAAAUUUCUAUGGGUAAUAUGAUUAAUCUUGAAAUUUUGGUGUACAAACAAUGUUUUUUUUUACCUAUGAUGUUACAUUAGAUAAUUCCUAAACCAAUCAAAACAUUUUGGUGUUCUUUUCACCCACAGUGCAUUAGAUUCUGAAAUGACCAAUUGCUCAAACACAUUCUGUACUUUGUUUCAAAUCCUUUGGUCUCACAUGAAAAAAUAUUUUUCUGUAUCAUUCGAAUUCCAUGCCCAUCUUUUACGUGAUCAGUACUUGUGUAUUAUGUAUUUUAAUAUAGAUUUACUUUUAUCAUUUACUUUAGUAUUCAUAUUCUAGUUUUAUACAUUUUUAAUCGAUAAGGCACUAUCCUUCAUGUAGAGGCUUGUACUUGAUUGGCUAAUGAAUAAUAUUAUCAGGGGAAAUAACUCAGUAAGUUAUAUUGCCUGUUUGCUUUACUGAUUUACAUAUGUAAGAGAAAUUAUCAUAAAGUUAUUUCAAAGCUUUUCGAUAUUGUACACUUCUACAACACAAACUUAUUUGACACAACUUCAAUAUGUAUAGUAUUACUUAAUUAACACAUCUAAAAUACAUAUAUUGAACACAUCAACAAUAUAUUUAACACCCACUUCAAGAGCCAAUUAUGUUUUGAAAAUAAUGAUAUGUAUGUGGCACAACUGUAGAAAAUAUAAUCUAAAGAAAAUUCUAUUGUGUGAAAUGGUCUCUAGCAGUAUGUUUAGAAAACUGUCUUGAGUAUGAAAAUACCUAUUUGAGAAAUGAUUUUCUGUAAUCUUAUCUCCCCUGUUUAUUGUAUCUUUUCACUAAUUGUUAUCUCCCCUGCAUAGUUGCAUUUAGAUAUCAUCUUUUGUUUUAAGUUAUUUAUUUGAGUUUAUUUUAUUGUGAUUUAAAAAGAUCAGUAUUAACAUAAUUUCAACUUUGACCAUAAUUUUUGAUAGCAUGAAUAUACAAAAGAUGAAGAUUAAAUAUUUAUUCUUAUGAAUAUUCUGUUAAUUAAUUCAAUAUAUUGAUAAUUUACGCAGUUCAAGAUAAAACAAUCAUACUUUCAAACCGGCAUUAUGUUGUUUUCUAAGAAUUCUCAAUGUACUCUCGAGGUAUUUUUUUAGAAAACAUGAUAGCACACACUAAAAUAAGCAUUAAAAAGUAUUUAAAAAAAAUAGAAAAUGUUUUUUUUGGUGUAUUGUUAAAAAAAAAUCUAAAUUGUCAGUAAUAUAGACAUGUUCAUGUAAUAUUCUUUAGUAACUCAUAAAUCUGUCCUGUAAGAUUUCUUAUUUCUGUAAAAUUUUCAUCCUUUGUGCCUAAUAAAAUUGUACUAAACAA